UUUAUAUGCUGCUUCUUUCUUGUUUGUUGUCAGACUUUCAUUUAUUUUUACCAUUUAUUUCCAGUUUUAUCAGCAGCACUGAGUUCAGUAGUUCAUCGUACAAAAUCUGACCCAUGGAGGUAACUUGCCGCCAUGAGCCACUCGGGUUGGGUGAGCAUUCCUUCAACACAUCAUGUUCCCCUCAACUCACUUCAUUAAGCUGCAACUCUACUCCGACCAGAGUUCCACCUCCGCCUUCUCCCCCACUCCAUAACAUGGUUCCAACAACAGAAUCGAUACCAGCCAGCACAACAGUCACAACAGGAGCUGAAACAACAGCGACGACAAGCCUGGCACCAGUAAAUCCUUCUGAAUCCUCAUCUUCAUCAUCUGUAGAACAAACUGUCCCGAGUAUUCCUACUUCGGAUUACUUGGAAGAGGAGAAACCUCUCUUACCAGGGAUUAGUGUCCGUGCUGCCACUUUGGAGAAACUGAUUCAAAUCUGUGUUGAGAGUUUCUGUCCCAGUGGUAGUUUGGUUGAUGACUCGUUCUAUCCACGCGUUUUACUUCUCAUGCAUAAAUGGUUUAUACCAUCUCAGGAACUGGCAGAACAUCUCGUAGAAUUAUAUCUUGGUGUAGAAGAUACAAUACAAUGUGAAGCUGUAAAAUGUUCACACACCCCACAGCAACAAGAUUGUUCUCUACAGGUUUACAAAGCAAAAAUAUGCCAUGUUUUCAGAUACUGGAUCCGAACGUUUCCUUUCCACUUUGACCUCGACAAACGGUUAAAAGUAAUCGUGGAAAGAUUUGGUCAAAUUCUUGAAGCAGAAGGCAAUACCAAUUUUUCUGAAUUAAUCGAUCUUUCUAAAGUACCUUCUUAUGACUGGAUGCGUUGUAUGUCUGUGCGAAAUUCCUCUGUUCGACAUUCCAGAGAAAUUAGUACUGGGGCCAAUUCUUCAAAGCGGCGCCCCAAUGCUUAAAACAAACUGUUUACAUUCAUUUUGCUUUUGUUUUCUUUCCAGUUCACUGACUUCAAAAAUUAUGCUUUAACUGCCUCUCUCAAAGAGAAUCCUAAAUUAGAACGAUCCAUAGCUCUAUUCAACGGACUUUCCCAAUGGGUGCAGUGCAUGGUUCUCAACAGGACAACACCCGCUCAAAGGGCGGAGGUCAUUGUGAAAUUUAUUAAUGUGGCACAAAAACUUCGAAAUUUACAGAACUUCAAUACAUUGAUGGCUGUGGUUGGUGGUCUAACUCACAGUGCUUUGGCUCGACUUAGCAAGACCAAUGCUUGUUUGUCUUCAGAUACACAGAAACUCCUCAUAGAAUUGACAGAAUUAUUGUCUACCAACAACAAUUUUAGUAAUUACCGGCGCCAAUAUCAACAGUGUACGGGUUUUCGAGUACCUAUAUUAGGGGUUCACUUAAAGGAUUUGAUUUCACUUCAUACAGCCCUUGCUGACAAAGUUGAUGGAGUCUCCACCAGCUUAAUUCACUUCCGUAAAAUGGUUCAACUUUAUCAAAUCUUUAAAGAACUUACUUGCCUACAAAAUGAAAACCUUCCACUUGAUACCAAUAUGGACCUUGUUAAUACUCUUCGGUUGUCUCUUGAUAUGCAUUACACAGAGGAUAAUAUCUAUGAAUUAUCGCUCGCACGGGAGCCUCGGUCAUCAUUGAGUGCACCAGUUACUCCUACAAAGCCUGUUGUGUUCGCUGACUGGGUUGCAGGAGUAAGUCCACCAGAUGCAGAAACUAUAAACAAACACGUGCAUAAUAUGGUGGAGGCUGUAUUCAAGAACUACGACCACGACAAAGAUGGCUUCAUCUGUAAUGCUGAGUUUGAAGCAAUUGCAGGAAAUUUUCCAUUCAUUGAUUCCUUUUGUGUCCUUGAUGCCGAUAAGGAUGGUAUGAUAAGCAAAUCCGAAAUGAAAACAUAUUUUAUCCGUGCCAACUGCCAUUCACUGCGAAGCAGCUUCAAACAUGAUUUUCAUGAGAAAACCUAUUUUCAACCAACAUUUUGUACUCAUUGUACAGGGCUGCUUUGGGGCCUCAUUAAGCAAGGAUGGAAAUGUAAAGAUUGUACCAUCAAUGUACACAAGCACUGUAAAGAUAUGGUUGUUAUGGAAUGUCGACCAAAGUUAAACAGUCCGCGCAGGCAUGAUUCUGUUUUUAAUGAUUCUGAAUAUGGUUGUUAUAACAACAAACACAGAAUGUUCCAUGAUUCAAAAUCUCAUCGUAGCACACAGACUGAUAACGAACUUUUGUUAACGCCAAACACAAAGCCACUGAGUGAGGCACCGGUAAAUGGGGAAGAAUUCUAUGAGGAACAAUCUCUCCUUUAUGACAGACUCUUGAAAGCUGAAGAAGCUCGAGAAAAGAUGAUUGCGGAAAAUGCAUUUCUGAAAUCUUGUUUGGACAUGUCACUUGAGCAGAAUGUGACAUUGAAAUGUCAAAUUGGACUGAUUCGACAGCACACCAUUUCCUUCAUCCUAAACCAAAUGGACAUUUUAAAUCUGUAUAAGGAAUCUGAAGUAUAAGGAGCACCCCCCCUAUGCAUGCUCUUUCAUAACUUCUUCUUCCUCCUCCUCUCCUUCAUUUCCUUCAUUCACUUAAAGAUGAUUGGUCAUUGUGGUGUAUAUAUAUAUAAAUAUAUAAAUAUAUAAAUAUAUGGACAAAUUUUACUUUUUGGAAUGAAUCUGACCCAGAAAGGGAACUUCAUCAAAGAGCUGGAAUUGUGAUGAACAGAUUUCAAGAUGGAUUAAAGGAUUAAUGGAUUAACGGAUUAAUUGGCUGAACACAAGGGUAAAUGUUAUAUCUGUUCAAUGUUUUUUCGUUUUGGUUCUGCCGUUUCUGUCAUUAAUGAUGCCAGAAAUUUGCUUCAUCAACUACAAGACAAAAAUAUUUCUUGUGUGCAUGUGUGUGUUUGUAAAUAUAUGUAUAGUAUAUAUAUAUGUAUGUGUGUAUGUGUAUGUAUAUGAUUUGUAUAUAUAUAUAUAUAUAUGGCGUGUAAGUGUGUGUGUGGAUAUAUAUAUAUAUAUAUGAUAUAUGUAUAUAUCUAUAUUAAAAGACCAACUUGUUGACAUAUUUGUAAUUUUUGUUGUUUAUUGUUGUUUUAUGCAAAUAAAUCUGUGUCUUUAAAAAAAUAAAAACAAUUAUAUAUUUA